UCAGAAAUUAUGGUUGUAUCAGCAAAAUCACUCGAACAAAAUUAGCUGGCCAGAUGCCACGACUGGGCUGACUGGCGUAGACAUGACAGAAGAAUGCACAUUUUUAAAGAUGUAUAAUAUCACCGAGAAGGACUACCACUACUGGCGAAAGUCAAAUAUGUUGAACCAAUGGGUUAAGAGCCACUACCACGGAACAUUUUUUCAAGAUGGUGGACUGGGCUCCAUGAAUGUUUCUGACCUUUCAGCAAUCGAAACAACUCCAUUUGAAGUAAUGAAGCUCAUGUAUGCUGACAAAAAUUGCAGCGUGUUCUUCGUAACACCACUGGAAAACGACGCUCCGACAGUUUGUGAACUCUACGUCCGAAACAAGUCAGUUUCAAGUGGGCCGUCAACAAACUGUACAGAUUAUUACAACCAGCAAUGUAACACAACGAUUGUAUUGUACAACUCAACCUGUCAAGAUGCAGCGACAACAGGGUAGAGCGAGCGGUAAAGAAGUCAAUAAAAAUAUUGUGACUGAUAUAGUAGACGCCUGUCCGCGUCCCCAACAUGAAGUAGAUUACCUCGGCA